AGCAGUAGCAGUAGCAGCAGUAAUAAACAGAGACUCGGGGUAAGUGUUCGCUCCGCUGCGGGGGAACGGCGGCUCUCUACACGGAGCUGUAGCCGCAGCAGUCUGCCGUACCUCUCCGCUCGACGUGUUACUGGGGGUUAGAAGCGCGGAGGUCGCGGUGCGGGGCUGGGAGUGUGCGGGGCUGGGAGUGCGCGGGGCUGGGAGUGCGCGAUGCCGCGCCGCUGCGUGUGGCCGGAGCCGCUGUCCCCGCUGCAGCUCCGGCGACUGGACGAGCACCGGUACAGCGCCGAGGGCCGCUCCUUACUCGAGCCGCCGUGUCAGCUCUACUGGAACUGGCUCGUGCAGCAGAUCCCGACCUGGCUCGCGCCCAACACGCUGACCAUCACGGGACUGAUCGUUAACGUGUUCACCACCAUCAUCCUGGUGUUCUACUGCCCCACUGCCACAGAGGAGGCUCCUGCAUGGGCUUUUAUCCUCAGCGCUUUAGGUCUCUUUAUUUACCAGUCACUAGACGCUAUUGAUGGGAAACAAGCCCGGCGGACCAAUAGCAGCUCGCCCCUGGGAGAACUCUUUGACCAUGGCUGUGAUGCAGUCUCUACAGUUUUUGUCGCUGUGGGAACAUGUAUAUGUGCCGGCAUUGGCAACUACCCUAACUGGAUGUUUUUCUGUGGCUUUGUGGGCAUGUUCAUGUUCUUCUGCGCUCACUGGCAGACCUAUGUGUCUGGAACACUACGCUUUGGCAUUCUCGAUGUGACUGAGGUCCAGAUCGCCAUUAUAAUCAUGUACCUGAUGUCGGCCUUCGGAGGAGUGAGCCUUUGGGAGACUACGUUGCCCGUGCUCGGCAUUAGAUUGCAAGCCCUACCCAUCCUGGGCAUCAUCACAGGGUUUCUGUUGUCCACCUACAACUACUUCUUGGUCAUCCUGAGUGGCGGCGUGGGAAAAAAUGGCUCCACUGUGGCAGACACCAGUGUGUUGUCUCCCGGCCUGCACAUAGGCCUCAUCCUUACCCUGGCCUUCAUCAUCUUUAAGAAGUCCUCCAGCCAGCUGUUUGAGCAUCAUCCCUGUCUCUACAUCCUCACCUUCGGCACAGUCAUCGCCAAGAUCUCCAACAAACUAGUGGUUGCUCACAUGACCAGGAGUGAGCUCCAUCUCAGUGACACAGCCUUCAUUGGCCCUAGCCUCCUCUUCCUCAACCAGUACUUCAACAGCUUCAUCAAUGAAUAUACUGUCCUCUGGAUUGCUUUGAUCCUUUCUGUGGUGGACCUGACACGGUACUGCACAGGUGUAUGUCUUCAGAUUGCCUCGCACCUGCGCAUCCAAGUGUUCAGCAUCACCCCAAAGGGCCACACUCACAAAGACUGACAAUUUGCCCGGCGGGAGGAGGAGGCAGGGCCAAGCGAAGACGCUGCCCCGCUUCUCGAACCAGAGCAGGAGAACCAAACCCAGAGCAGCCUUGACAGUGUAAAGACCGUUAAAUAACUGAGAGACCUGAACUGAAGCAGUUCCACUCAGCCAGUUUUGAGUUCGUUAAAGCCACUGGAUAAGAAUCAGACAUGCAGAUAGAGAAAACACACCUGGGUGCUAACUUCCACCUGUCUGGAAAUAGAGCAAUGCAUCUUACUAUGAAUUGAAGUAUGUAGUAAGUAAUCACGUAAAAAAUUGACAAAUUGAGUUCAGCUCCACGAUUUAAAAGCAAUGUAAAGUCAGCAUUUUUUAACUUUUUUAACGAAGUGCCAAUGUAAAUCAUUGUACACCAUUUGCAGUGUUUUCAUUUGGUAAUCGUGCCCCAGUGUGCAAUUCAGUGAACAAUUUCCUACAUAUUUUAUAUCAAAAAACGAUUACAUUCCAACAUUUUCAUCAAUUUUUCAAACCAUUUGUGAUCCCCCCCCUUCCCAAAAAAAUCAGCUCCCCUACACUAAAGCAAAUUCUUGUCAUGUGAUUAUUCAGUGAUUCCAGCGUUUGUAUUUGUUGUAUUAAUUUGACUGGAUUGGGUGUGAAAUGAAGUCAGGUCUUGGAUGAAAGAGACGUAAUUGUCAGGGACUAUGGGUUAUACUGGGACCAGGAUUGUGCUUGUGCUAAAAAUAGGAUGUUCCCCGACCUCCAUCUCCAGCAUCUACCAGUUUAAAGUGAUAGUUUGUGGGAUACGGAAGAUAGACUAUCCUGUUUCAUGAUGCACUCACACAACACUGCCUGCUUUGAAUAUCUCCUUCCAAAGGGCUAAUCGUACAAAUAAAGUUUAAAUAAGUUGUGUAAUAAACUUUAAUUAUUUUGCAUUAUUUGCAAUCUUUAUGUAUUGUUAUAUUAAUGUGAAUUUUUGUACACAUUUUUGAUUGCUGAGAUGUUUUUACAUCCUUCGUUGUGAGAACUGUAAUCAUCUCAUUAUGUUUAUUUUUUGCUAAUGGUGUGAAAAAUAAAAAAAAC